GAUGUCGGUGUUGGUGUGUGGGUUAUCAGGGCGCGGAUCGAGCCUCCACAUUUGGUUUCCAGUCACGUCCUGCGCGCAGGCGAUCAGCUGAGCAGGAAAAGAGACGGAGCCGCGGUGAGAAACUGGCGCAGUCACUCAGCGUCUGUGCGGACAUUUCAGCGGACUUUACUGCCGGGAUCCGCUUCCUCUCGCUUUGCAAAGUGUCGUGCGCCGUGACCGAUUUUGCGGACGGGAUGUUGGAGGUGGUCGCCGCGCAAAAAUGAACACAGACUGCACCCAGCCUUCAACUGCUCCAACGCCAAGAUUUGUUUGUCACGCCAGCCUGAAGCUGCCUCCCCCUCUUUCUUCUGCAUUAAGGGGUCCUAAACCUUCUGUAGCCCCAAAACCUAAAGUCAAAGUGCUGUUAAAUGACAACCAGGGAGGCUUCAGUAACAGCACUGCAGAAACUUCUGAUGGAGGGGGUGAUGAAGGUAUUUUGAAACAGAAUGGUCUGAACAAAUUCAUUAUAAACACAUCACAUGGGAAGAAACAAUUGGAUGUAAGUAGUAUCAAAUUCCACAAAACAGAUUUAGAAACUAUGUCAAAGGGGACUGUGGACAGUGGAGGUACAGAGGAGGAAAAGAAGGAGGAGAAAGAGGAAACUCAGGACAUAGAAGAGAACUGCAGAUUAACACACAGUGCACAUUCGGAGGAAGUCGACUCCCUGAAAACAUUUUGGGUUAGUGACAGAAGACUCACAGCUUUCUCCGCGGGGGCAGAGGAGAUGAGUGACAGAGGUGACAUGGAUGCUGAAGGUUGUGAUGGAGGUGAGGCACUGGCUGACACAGACGGCCUCUCAAUGGGAGACAUUUCUGUUCAUAGCGCUGAAGACGGGUUGUGUUGCCACUCUGCCCUGAAGCAGGAAAAGCUUUGGACAAAUGGAGACAGAAGUACCGCAGAUGAUUUAUCAAAAUCUUCUACUGAUGAAAAUGGACUCUGUCUUAGAGAAAGAAUGAUGGACACUGAUGCAAAACAUGGAAGAGAAAAAGAGUCAGGUCCUGAUUGGUGUUGUACUAGCCUGAAGUUGAUGUGUGGCCAUGAAAUUAAAGCAAAAUGCCAAAAUCAGCAGGAGGUUAGUUUGUAUGACUUAAUUCCUAAAAACCACAAACCUGGAGCUAUCGAGCCUUUUUACAUCUGUUCAGAGGACAUUAUUAACAUGGCAGCUUCGCUCUCAGAAGGUGGCAUUACUUCUGUAAACAGAACUGGAGUAUCAGCUGGAAAAUACAUUGAAACAGCAGAAAAUGGGCGUUUAGUGGACUGUGUGAACAUUGAGGAAAGUGAUGAGUAUGGCAGCAGUGAUAUAGCUAAUGACAUUGAUAGCGCGUUGAACCAUUUGGAUUGCCAGGCAAGGUUCAGACAAGUCACCAUCUCAGUGCCAACAGACACAGACACCUCAUUGACAUCUUCUCUCUCUGAUAGUCAGCUGCUAUCCCCAGAUGACUCCAAUGUCUUUAAAGAUGAGGAGGAUUUUGAGGGUCACAUAGUACCCUUUCUGGAUGAGACCAGUGACAUGGAGCACACCAUUACAGACGAGCAUGUUUAUGAGGAGCCAGGGCAAAGUUCAUGUGCUGAAAGUGGUUUUACUUUGGAUAGGAAGGCUGUUGGUAUUCGAACACACUCUUUGUCAUGUCGGAUAUCCACUGCUGUUGGGGAUCGGGGAGUACAAUUCCUCCACAAGACCUACGUUAGUGGAUUAGGACAACCUGCAUUGAGCAGCAGUCCAGUCUUAAAUUCAAUACGGCACAAGAGCUAUACCAAACCCAAGUAUUUAUCCUUGUACCCACGCUCCCUGUCUAUGGAGGGACACAGCACACCUCUGUGUAUCUACAAGGAGGACUAUUACAGACAUGGCAUUUCCUCAUCUGAAAGCAUCUCCAAGUGCUCUCCUCUGUCAUCUAGUGCCCUGUCCACACCUACUUCUUUUAUGGAUAUUCCUCCUCCUUUUGAGCUGUCCUAUAUUACCAAGAAGCCUAUCACAAAGAGUUCCCCCUCACUUCUCACUAGGGAAGACUCUUCAGAGAAGGACAGGAAAAAGAAAUCCUCAAUUAAGCGCUUUCUACUUAAAUUUGGGUGGAAAACAGAACAUAAGUCUGCAAAAGAUGUCAAGCUGUCCUCUUUAAAUUCCUCAGCUGAGUCCAGCCAUUGCACACCCAGCAGAUCUUUGGAUUUAGAUAGGCAGAGUAUUAGUAGUUCUCCACUGCUAAAUUUACGUUCAGCAAACAAGCCUCAGGGUUCACCUGAGCCUUCAUCCAGCUUCCUGUUCUACAAAGAGAGUAAAAGGAAAGGGAACUCUGUGGCCUUCCUCAAUAGGAGUGUUGUCCGAGUGGAGUCCUUCGAGGACCGCUCCCGAGUGCCUUUUGUACCUCUACCUUUGACCAAGCCCCGGUCUAUCUCCUUCCCCAACACUGAUACCUCGGAUUAUGAGAACGUUCCUCCCCUUAGCUCAGACUAUGAGAACGUUCAGGUGCCACAGUGGAGGCCUCUUCAGCAGAUGCCGCUCGCAAACUUCUUUGAUCGUCCCAGUCGAGUCUUGUCUUCAGGGAAUGAGACAGACGGUUACGUGGACAUGAAGAGCCUUCCUGGGUUUGAGAUGAAAACAAACUUACCAGAACAGGAAACUGAAAGUGCCUACACAGAAGCCUACAAGGUGUGCUCUGUGUCUGCUGGUGCGAUGAGUGACGGUCUGGAAGAGACGGUAGGGGAUGAAGACCAAGGACGCACCUCCGAAGAGGAAGAUGCGGGGACAGGGGUCAACUAUGACCGACAGCCUGAUGGUCGAUCCAGAGCAUUUUACAUUAUUAAAGAGCUGGUGGAUACAGAGAGAUUCCAUGUAAAGGCCCUCAGAUUGCUUCAGAAAGACUUUCAGAAAGAUGUGGGGUCUGCCGUUGGGGAUGACGGGCAGCCUGUGUUGGACGAUGAGAGACUCAGAGAGAUUCUCAAUGAGCUGCCUGAUAUCUACAUGCUGCAUAGCAAAAUCCUAACAGAGCUGGAGAGUCGAAUAAGACACUGGGAGGACAGUCAAAGGAUUGCUGAUAUUUUCCUGUCGAGGAAAGCAGAGUUCUUGGUCUUCACCACUUACAUCGGCCACUAUGAUAGAAGCAUGGGUUUACUGGAGGACAGCUGCAGAGCUUCACCCGCAUUCGCAGCUAUUGUUCAGAAAUUUGAGGAGCAGAAACCAGCUGGGGAGAGAGUUUCUUUCAAACAUCAGCUCCUGCAGGUUAUUGUGCGUGUGGCUCAGUAUCGCCUUCUCCUCACAGAUUAUCUGAACAACCUCUCCCCUGAUUCCAAGGAAUAUGAAGACACCCAAGCUGCUGUAGCAAUGAUGUCUGACAUUGCGGAUCAAGUCAAUGACAGCUUAAAACAUGGGGAGAACCUUUUGCGUCUGAUCAACAUAGCGUACAGUGUUCGUAGCCCACGGGACCUGCUUCAUCCUGGCAGGGUUUUUGUGAAAGAGGGAACCCUGAUGAAGGUCAGCAGGAAGAGUCGUCAGCCCCGACAUUUGUUUUUGAUGAACGACGUAUUGCUUUACACCUACCCCCAGCAGGAUGGAAAAUACAGACUGAAGAACACUUUGCCACUCAGUGGGUUGAAGGUCAGUAAACCCAACACCCCAAAUGUCCAAAAUGCCUUGAAAAUAGAGGGAUCAGAUAUCUCCAUUCUUUUGUCUGCCAGCUCUUUCCUUGAAAGAGAGGACUGGUAUUAUACACUUAAUCGCACUGUGACUGAACAAGCAAGAGGUUCUAUAGCAGUGAACAGCAGCUCUGGAGAGACCAGAGAUCGUCUUUGGCUGUCCCUGGGAGAAAAAGCUCCCACACUUGUUCCUGUCUCACAAGUGAUGAUGUGCAUGAACUGCACAGCAGAUUUCAGCCUCACUGUUCGCAGACACCACUGUCACAGCUGUGGGAGAAUUGUUUGUCGAAGCUGCUCCAGGAACAGAUAUCCACUAAAAUACAUGAAAGAUCGCAUGGCCAAAGUGUGUGACCACUGUUACAACGAGCUAAAAAAGAGAGGAGGAGAACUGUCCAAGCUCUCAGGCAAAGGUAGCCCUCGGCUGACCCGCUCCAGUCGUCCCCUUUCCACUGUAUUCCAAAAUAUUCAUCCUCCCAAUAUAUGGAGACAUCGGAAAGGGACUGCCUCCUUCACCCAGGAAAAUGUGUCAGAGGAAGGCUCCAUCAGUGGGUCUCUGCAGCGGAGUAAGACAAGCAAAAGGAACUGGAAGAGACUGUGGUUCCUGCUAAAAGACAAGGUGCUUUACACCUACCGUGCCCAAGAGGAGAAGGUAGCAUCAGAAAGUUUACCGCUUCUGGGUUUCACAGUGAAGCUACCUGACAAGCAGGGAGGAGACGCAGAAGCCAACAUCUUCCAGCUUUACCACCAAAACACUUUGUAUUACACUUUUAAAGCUGAAGAUAACUUUACAGCCCAGAGGUGGGUUAAUGCAAUGGAGGAAGCCACAAAUUUAUAGAAUCAACCAUACUGCUGCCGUUGUCCUCCCACAAAACCCAGUCUCUAAAACAUGACUGAACCUGAAACCAAACUAGAAAGACUGGGAAUAGAUUAUCUUCUGUUUGUCAACACGUUGUAACCUGCCCAGCUAAACUGAGGAGAAGACGUGGUGUUUUUUUUAAAAGAGGACACGAUUUACCUACUUUGUCCUACUGCAGUGUCCCCUCCCUGCUGUUACAGCAGGUGUAACGCCAAGGGCUGCAGGAGAUGUUGGCCCAGAUACCUGCCAGUGUGGAGCACCGCCUGUCAGCUAUAACUCACCGCCCCAUUUCCCAGAAUACAUUGGAGUUAUCGUCACAUCUUAAGCAAGAAACACAAUAUAAAGUUCAAGGCAUACUUGAACAUGGGUGAUUUAUUUAUCUGUUUGAAAAUACUGAACAAAGAAGGGAGAAGAUUCUGUUGUUGUUUACAUUAAGAAACACCCUAAAGCCUCAGUCACUCAUCUCAAAUGGCCUCAUCUUUACUUUAAAGUAUUUACGCCUUAAUUUCAACAUGUGCUUUUUUUUUUUACUGCAUUUAAUACCUAUUAGAGGGAAAAACAGACUGACCAAUGAUAAAAAAAACACACAAAUGAGUCUGUUUCUUAGCUGUUGGGCCAUCUCCAGCCACUUUGUUGGAGAUGCGUCCUGUCAAUAAAUUUUUUUUUUUUUCCAGUUUGCACUAAUAUUAAAGGCAUAAUUCAGGAUUUUUGGAUAAGGCGCCUUCAAAAAGCUAGAAGCAGUUAGUAAUUUACUUGCAGUAAAUAAAUCUAUUAAUCUUCAUUUAGUAUAAACCCAGAUUUGUUUUUUCCAGAUGUUGAGGCUAGCGGCUAAUCCAAGAGGGGCAAACACUAAAACAAACUUCUACCAUUUUAAAACAAUUCCAUUCUCAAAUUAGCAGAUAAUGUGAACAGUGUUUCCGCAAACCUUGAAAUGCUGACCCAUUUGCAUUGGAGGGUUUAUUACAGAAAAGCUGAAGAUACCAUACAUGGGAGGUUGGAAGUCGUGCGCCACCAAUUACCUUCCUUCAAGAAACAUGCACAGAGAAUAAAUCAUGGAAAUCAUUUCCACUCCAAUAUAAAGUAAAUUGGUGUAAAAAGCAAAAAAUAAUAUAAUACUUUUUUAUUCAUUUUUAGACUGCUUUGUUUUUCUACUAAGUACAGGUAAGCCCAAAAAUAUUCAUGCCACUGGCAAAUUUUGGUGUAUCAUAAUCCUAAAUUUUAUGACCACGUUUCUUCUGACUGGAAGUAAUAUUAGUGUUUUAGAGUCCAGUUGGAAUCUGAUAGAGAAUCUGUAGAGACAGCUGAAGAUUAGGGUGAUGAUGCGGAGGUUUUCCAACCACAAAGACUUGGAGCUCAUCACCAAAGAGGAAUUGUCACAGUACCAUUGGAAGCAUGCAAAAUGCUUGUCAGCAAUAAUAGGAAGUGUUUGACUACUGAGAAGGGUAAUAUUACUUUUGAUAUGCCCUUUUAAAAAAAAAAAACAACAAAUGUAUUCUUUUAAAACUAAUAAUCCUGUUACAAUAUUUUCUUUAUCCCUUGAGAGAUGGCUGUCUUAUGUGCUAAACGUUAUAGUUUAAUUGGAUUAUUUUUAAUUUUAAUCUGCCAGGGGUCUGAAAAAUGUUUGCCCUGUCUGUGAUUAAUCUAUUUGGAAACAUUUUACAACUUUUGUUCUUAGUAUGUAUUUUACACAGGGACAUUAUCGGUUGCACACUGACCUCAUUUUCCUAUUUAAAUAAUUCCUGACCUCUUUGUAAAACAAACAAACAAACAAAAAAAACAUUAACACCCAAUGCAAAGGUGAUAACAAUUUAAGGGUUAUAAAAUAGCAUUUGCAUAAACUGCUAUGAUGUUUUUAAGAUUACAGUUGUUUGGUCUUGGUCCCUCUAAGACGAGCCCCUAGCUUCAGUAUGUCGGACCGCCUAAUCUGGAUAUUAUACUAAAUUAUACGAAAAUUAAGAUAUUAAAUCCAUUAAGCGUCAGACGUUCUGCACUAUACCUUUAAAAAAUGAUGAACAAAUAAAAGGGAUUAAUGCACUCGUGUACAGGGACCAAAAGCUUUGCCUACCUACUGAAAAAGUAUGUCAUUAUUUUAAAAUCUUAUAGCAAGUGCAAUGUAAAUUCAUAUUUGUGUAGAGUCAUUAUUUAUCUGCACACAGAAGUGCUGGCUUUGACUGAAACAUCUGAGACUCAGAUGAUUAAUAUCUGCACCGACCUGCAUUAUCAGUGUCUUGGAUUUUGUACUGUACCUGAUGAUUUCUAAAUGAACUUUCAAGCAAAGUAAAAGACACAUGUUAAAAAAUUGGCCUCUGUUUUUUUGUGUUCCCCAUGUGUCCUCUAGAUAGCGCGUGAGAUCAGAUUUAAAGGAAAGCAGGGUACUACCUACUUCCUGUCUCUGUGCUCUUGUUAAUGGAACAUGUAGCACACACACACACACACAAAACUCUUGUUGCGCUUGUAGGACUCUGCCUACUAAAUGUCUGCCAUGAGACAUCUAGCUGGCAGAAGUCUUAGAUCCCACUCUGAGCUGCUGGAGGAGACACAGAAGAGACUGAGGGAUAUGCAGACCCGUGUGCUGUGCGGCCAAUGAAAGGCCAGGCCUGCUCUGCUUCUCAUCUCCCCCCUGAGGCUGCCUGACCCAGAAUAAUAUCAGGCGCAAAGUUUGCUUUCUGGGGCUGCUGAAAAGUUGCAGACACCUCGUCCUACAUAAAGGACAGACCAUUUAUCACUCUGCUCUGCCUUUCUAGUCCCAGUUCUGCUUUCCUCUUCUUGUCUUUCUUUCGUUGUGUCCUUUCUUGCCUUUGCUGAACCUUAACACAAUCUGACAUUUAUCAGCCACAAAAUCUAAUGUAUUUUGCUCUUAUUCUAUGUGAUAAAUUUACACAAAGUAGUGCAUAAUUUUAAAGAAGAAACAAAAGGAUACAUGGUUUUUAAAUACACAGCACAUAUUUGUAUUCAACCCCCUUUUAUCUGAUACCCUAAAAUAAAAUCCUGUGCAACCAAAUGCCUUCAGGCAUCACCUAAAUAGUAAAUAAAGCCUACAUGUGUUUAAUAUUGUUAAAGGCCUCUGGAUCUUAAGGAAGAGAUCCAUAAAGGAAAGCCAUUGUUGAAAGAAGAACUUCAGCAGUCAGCCAAAGGUCAUGCUGGGGUCAGAGCAAGAAGGUGCUGUGCUCAGAUGAGACCAAAAUUAAACUUUUUUCCUAUGUGCAAAAUGCCAUCUGUUGCAGAAAACCCCAAAUGUACAUCACCUGAGCACACACAGGAACAGGGAACCCACAAUGCUAGAAAAAAAUCAUCUAGAGGUUCCAAAAGAUUUGACAAUGGAUAGAGAUGGGGCGUGACGGUGGCACAGGGGUGAAAUGUGCAACCAAUGUUUGGAGGCUUUAUUCCUUAAAACAGGCUGUCGUGGGUUCGAAUCCAGGCCUGUUGACCUUUGCUGCAUUUCUUCCCCACUCUCUCCAGCCCUUUUCUAUCAGCUCACUGUCAAAAAAUAAGAAAAUAAAGGCCAUCAUUGCCACAAAAAAACUAUUUGAUAAAAUAGGUUGGAGAUUCGCCUUCUUGCAGGACAGUGACUUUAAAUGUACAGCCAGAAGUACAAUGAAAUGAUUUAGGUAGGAGUAUAAUCAGGUGUUGGCCUAUUCAAAGUUCAGACCUAAAUUAAUUGAGAAAGUGGCAACGCUUUAAAAUUGAUGUUCACAGACGCUCUCCAUUCAGUCUGAUGGAGCUUGAGCCGUUAUGCAAUAAAAAAUGGUCAAAGAUUUCAGCUUCUAUAUGUAUAUGUAGUAGAGACACAACCCAAAAUACUUACAGCUGUAAUUGCAAUGAAAAGCAAUUCUAUUAAUUGUUUAAUUGGGAGGACUAAAUAAAGAAGAACAACAAACGUUUCUAAUUUUCUUUCGUGAAGAAUUUUUAAAACCAUAUAUCCUUUACCUCCGUUUCAUAAUUAUGUGCUAUUUUGUGUUGGUCUACCACAAAACAUCCAAAUAAAAUACUUUGAUUGUAAAACGACAAAAUGUGGAAGUAGCUCUUUAGAGCUCAGUGCACUUUGCAAAUUCAAGCCAAAAUACUUUGUUCUCUUAAUCUGCAGUAGUUUUUAAAAUUAAAACUACUUAGAAUUAGAUUUUUUUAUAUGUUAUCAAACAGUGAACAGAUGGAUCUUUGGUGUUUGUUUUUUAACUUCUUCUUAUCACAGUUUUAGAAACAGGAAACUGUUUUAUUGCUCAUUGAACACGAAACAGCAAAUGCAGGUUGCCCUUUUCAUGUUUUUUGUCCUCCCAUUAAUUAUAAUAACAAACUAUUAAAAGUUUGCU